AUGGAACCGGAGCCGUCCCCUACCGCUCUCCUCGAGGCUAUCACAGCCCUCACCGCCACAGUCGGGUCCCUACAGGACCAAAUCCGCGCCCAGAGCCAACAAAUCACUGAGCUCAGGGCCAUAUGCAAGGAGACCGCAGACCUCCUUGGGGAUAAGGACCAAGGAACAACCCAAGCCAAGCCUGGCCUUUCGACUGGGCCUGUCACUCCUCCCACCCACUCGGGAGGAGAAACCCACACUCCAGGCACGGUUAGGCCUGGGCUCAAGGCCCCAUUCCGGCCUUCAAGAGGAACCGGUUUCGACUCAGAGGAAGAGGAAGAACCAAGGCGGCCCAAAAAGGAGCCUCAGGGAACGCCUGCAAGACACCUGGGAUCCCUUACCCCCUUUGACGCAGGGUCCAGCGUAAAGCGACCCAAGAUGGAUCUCCCAGACCCCUACAAAGGAGACACCAGGGGGCGUAAGGCCACUCAGUGGCUUGAUAGAAUGAUGCUAUGGGUAGCCCUCCAUCAAGAUCAGUUUGACGAAGAGGAGCAGAUGGUUGCCUUAACGGCCAAAUUCAAGGAGGCCUUUGCCAAUCCCGAUGCCAAACGGGCCGCCGCCAGAAAAAUUGCGGCUCUGUCCCAAUCCACCACUACCUCCGAGUAUGUCACGGAGUUCCGCAAUCUCAUGGCGGAACUAGACUGGAACGAGGAGGCCUAUAUCGCGCAGUUCACGUGGGGCCUCCACUGGAAGGUCAAAGAACUGCUGUCCACCAAAGAUAGCAUCCCUGACGAUCUCGAAGCCAUCUUUGCGGCAGCGAUUAAAAUUGACAACAUCCGCCGCGAAAAUGAGGAGAACCGCCCUAAAAAGGCACCAGCCAAGUCCCCGGCCUCCGUGGCCACCUCCACUACCACCACAAGGGUCCGGUUAUCAGAGGACCCUAACUACGUCACCCCAGAGGAAAGGGACCGCCGCCGCGCAUCUGGGCUGUGCGUCAAAUGUGGGCAGAAGGGCCAUGGAAUCAAGCAAUGCCCCAAUGGUUGGAAGAUCACUCCCAAGGAAACUGCCAAGGUGGCCCAGGACGAAUCGGAAAAAGAGUAA